UCCCUAUAGUGGUCCUAUGUUGUCUUGUCUUCUCCACAAGAAACUAUGUUACAUGCCAAUUCUCAACAAAUAACUACCAAAACAAAUGGUGAAGAAUGGCAAACGGUGGUAUUCUCAAGGAGAAAGAAAAUUUCUCAGAAAACAAGGGCUGAGCAAAUCGGUGAAUCACCUGCCACGGGUAUUAAUGUCAGGAUUUUUGAUGCAUCAACAGAUGAUUUUGGCUUCUUGGAGAUGAUAGAAGUGCCAGCAGAAGGCCAGUCAGGUGGCAUGGUAGUUAUGUGGAAUCAUGAAGUGGUCACUGUCCAGAACUUCAUCCGUAGGAACCAAGAGAUUCAUGCGAUUAUUGAGGUUGUAAAUGCACCGGGAGAAGGUAGUGCUCCUCCGGCACGUAUUCAGGCAAGGGAAUAACGUGUCACAUCAUCUGGCGAAGGAGGCAAAUGGUCAAAGAAAAGGAAAAAAACUUUUUGUACUACCUCCUCCUUAUGUCGAAUCUUUUGUAAGGAAUGAACAAGAAGAACAAUAUAUUUUUGUUAAGUACCUAUCUCAUGAUGCUUGCAAUGUAUUAACAAGCUUAGGAAAUCUAAGUGUUCUAAGUGACACAAAAUAUAACUAUGAUGUACUAAAUAUUCCGUA